GAGGACGCACGAGUAGAUCGCUGCGGAGUUUUUGUCGUGUUAUUGUUGUUUUUGAGCUGGUUUUUCUGUGAAGUGUUUUGAUUUGGAUGUGAAGAUUUGGCGCUGGAUUGAUUUAGAGUAGAUUUCUGGAUACGGCUUCCAAUGGCUUGAUUGAUUGUGUGCUGCCACUGUGUGCUGAUUCCAAAUAUGGAACCUUCCGAUCGCGUAACUCGUUCUGCAACCCGUGGUUACUUUAAAUGUGAUUCGGAAAAAAUUAUCUCUGCUGAUGUAAUCGCGAAUAUUCCGCGCUUGUUGAGCAUUUCAGAACGGGUAAAUUACGAACAUUCUCCGAACCAAGAAACACCAAUUGCGUUAACGGAAGAGACUAAGUCGGAUUUACCAAAAGACUGGACUGAUCAGGAUACGUACAAUUUCCAAAACAGCUCCAAAGAGAGAGGCAAAAAUUUCGAUGAAAUUUCAACAGAAAUUCGCAAAUCGUUUUCCGAUUGCGUGUUUUUUUAUUACCGGACAAAGAAGGUGACUGAUUACAAGAAGCUUGUUGCUGAGGGUUCGAUUUCUCGCAAAGCUGAUACAGCUGUUCGCAACGUUUCUGAUGCCCGCGUGAUUGCUGUUACUGGUCGUCAACGUUCUCAUAUUUCUACUAUCAAUAAACGUCCCAAUGAACGUCCACUAAGCUCAUCAUUUUCCACCGUGUCUAAAGCCACUUUUAGUGGCCCAAUGCAAGGUUCGGAAAAAGCUGUCCGUCAAACCAGAUCUGUUACUAACGGUAGUAAGUAUGAUUUAUCGACAAGUGCCUCGACUACAGUUGCUCGACAUGCAGCACAAGUUUUCCCGUAUCAGCACUCACUUGAACGUUGUCUAGAACCUGUGACGCGAGUUCAAGUCCCACCAGCUAUGGCCAUCGAUUCUCCUACGAUGCCCGUUUUAAGGCUGCUUCAUGAACAUGGGGAUGAGUUCUCGCUAGACCAUUCUUAUGAGUCCGAUCGCUCUAUGCCCAACUUAGUUCCACUCUCACCUCCAUCUACUCUCACCGGUUCUUCUGGAUAUGCGUCGACAGCAUUUUCUCGACCUGCAGCACAAAUUUCCCCGUACCGAUACUCACUUGGAUCGUUAUUUUCUAGUGGACCUUGUGAGGAGCGUUCAGUGCAUGGUUCAGACGAGUACACUUUUCGUGAAACUAAGACGUUCACUGUUUUGAAACGUAAUUCGUCAGAAUGUGGAUCACCACCAUCACGUACUCGACCUACUAUAUUAGUAGCCCCUUACCGACGCCUACUUGAACGUUGUCUCGAAGCCCGUGUUGUAGUGACGCGAGUUCAAGUCCCACCAGCUGUGGCUGUCAAAUCUCCUACGAUGCCCUGCUUGAUAAGUAGCUAGUAGCCUAUGUGAAUGAUGAGCUAUCGGUAGACCAUUACUAUGAUUCCGAUCGCUCUAUGCCCAACUUGUUUCUAUUCUCACCAUAAUUUUUAUCUUAAACCGUCCCACAAACUAUGAAAUUUCUUUUGCAACAGUCUUGGAACAUUAUUUUCAACAAAAUUGUACUUGUUGAACUUCGUUAAAUUUUAAAAUUUUCACAUAUGGUUAAUUGGUUACUUGCUUGAUUUAGGUAUUGAACAUAAAUUGUUUGACUAUUAUUUGGUUCGUUUUCCGGUGGGUUUUUCUCAAUGAAAUACAACACAAAAUAUGAGAUUCUUGAUUUGGUUAA